AUGGCUCCCUCUGUCCUGGCUGGGAGCACUGAGUGCAAUGAGCGCUGCAGUCCUGGAGGCUGCCGGCAGGUGGCGCUGCUCGGAGACCCGCAGUGGCUGAGCGCUACAAGUGCUGAGCAGGCAGAGGGCGCUCUGGAGAAGUCGGCUGUUCUUACUGGUGGGCG